AUGCCGGAGAAGGAGGGAGACCGCGUCGUUUACCCCGACAAACCUCGUCCCGUGUCUAGCCUCAGCGCGUCUCUCGACGAGAUUAUCAAAAAUAGUAAGAAGAAGAGGAAGAGAGACGAUGACGACAACGAGGAGAGCGGCAGCGGCGACAAGAAUAACGCCAAUGCCAAAGCCAACGACAAGACCAGCAACGCCCUGGUUCUUGGCCCGGCUGAGGCCCCAGCAGCGAAGCGCCACGCUGCCACUGUCCAGUCGGUCAGCAUGUCGGAAGUGGGCCGACAAGUUCGCAACGGAGUCGCUACCGACCUGUGGCUCCGCGACGAUCCAGAAGACCGAACGACCAACUUCAAUACUUUCGGCGGCAGAACAACCACCGCCGCAGUUACUAGCAAGGAUGAAUAUCACAUCACUAGCGAGGAGGCGUACCAUCGCGUCACCACCAACAUCCUCGAAAGCCACCUCCGAGCCAACAACAACGUCUUUAAGCCCAUGGGGAUUAUGACGUUCGACUUGCGAGCACAGAGGCUCGCGAGACUCAACGCGAGGCUUCCCGUUAGGGAGUUGGUAAAACUUCACCGUGCUCGGGAUGAGAAGAAGGCCGCAAUUGCCGGAGCAGCGCCGCAGGAGAGUAGCGGCAACGCCAGCUCCAAGCCCGACACCGAUACCGGCACCGGCACUAAGCAAAACCAGAAGACGGCCGAGGAGCUCGAUAAUGAAAUAUAUGAGUACUUGAACGCCUAACGACGAGUAGAUUAGUUAUCAACGUCUUUGCUUUUGCUUUAGGAAUGGAAUCGAGUCUCCUUGACUCAAGCUUCGCGUCGCGCUGAAAACCGAAAAGGAGAAAAAGGAUAGCACGACAAGUGUCUAAUGUUAGUAGCUAUAGAUAGUUUAGGGGGGGACCAUGCAAUGAACGAUUUGCCAAC